GUAGUUUUUUGCAAAUUCAUGUAUAGAAUAGGUAGUUUGUUAGAAUUUUCUCAUUUUAUUUUUUAGACUUCCACCUGCCGAACCAGCCUCUAAUGACAUUAUUAGUUAUUACCCUUCGCAUUUUUUGUUUGUGUGACUUUCACUACAAUCCAUCUUUUAAUAAUCAUUUCUAUAAUCCCACUCCCAUUUUUGCUUCUUGCAUUUGUAACCCCCUUUUCCUCCGGCCUGCCAAAGACGUGAAGCAGUAGAAGAUCAAUUCAUGGACAGCAAGAACGUCGUCGUUUGCGAUAAUGGCACUGGGUAUGUUAAGUGUGGCUUUGCUGGAGAGAAUUUUCCCACUUCAGUUUUCCCUUGUGUAGUGGGGAAGCCUAUGCUUCGGUAUGAAGAAUCAUUAAUGGAACAAGAAUUGAAGGACAUUGUUGUUGGAGAAGCUUGUGCAAACUUGCGACACCAACUUGAUAUAUCAUAUCCUGUGAAUAAUGGUAUCAUUCAAAAUUGGGAUGACAUGUGUCAUGUAUGGGACCAUGCAUUUUUCAGCGAGCUGAAGGUAGAUCCUACAGAAUGUAAGAUAUUAUUGACGGACCCCCCACUAAAUCCAUCAAAAAAUCGUGAACAAAUGGUUGAGACAAUGUUUGAGAGAUACAACUUUUCAGGAGUAUUUAUUCAAAUCCAGGCGGUUCUAACUCUAUAUGCUCAAGGUCUUCUCACUGGGCUAGUUAUUGAUUCUGGCGAUGGUGUGACUCAUGUGGUUCCUGUUGUUGAUGGUUAUUCAUUCCCUCAUCUUACAAAGCGAAUGAAUGUGGCAGGACGACACAUAACAUCUUACCUUGUUGAUUUACUAACACGAAGAGGGUAUGCCAUGAACAGAGCUGCUGAUUUUGAAACUGGCAGGCAAAUCAAAGAAAAGCUGUGCUAUGUAAGUUAUGAUUACAAAAGAGAGUAUCAGUUGGGACUUGAGACCACCAUUCUCAUGAAGAAGUACACUCUGCCUGAUGGAAGAGUUAUCAAAGUCGGCACUGAGCGCUUCCAGGCUCCUGAAGCACUUUUCACUCCAGAACUCAUUGAUGUUGAAGGUGAUGGAAUGGCUGAUAUGGUAUUUCGCUGCAUUCAAGAAAUGGAUAUUGAUAAUCGUAUGAUGCUUUAUCAACACAUUGUUUUAAGCGGUGGGAGUACCAUGUACCCUGGACUACCAAGUCGGCUGGAGCGAGAAAUUUUGGAUCGAUACCUCGAUGUUGUCCUUAAAGGAAACAAAGAUGGAUUGAAGAAACUAAGAUUAAGGAUUGAAGACCCUCCUAGAAGAAAACAUAUGGUGUACCUCGGAGGUGCAGUUCUUGCUGGGAUAAUGAAGGAUGCACCAGAGUUCUGGAUCAGUAGACAAGAUUAUUUGGAGGAAGGACUUGCUUGUCUGAGUAAGUGUGGUCAGGCUUGAUUAUCGGGCACGUCUCAGACUCUGCAAAACGGGCUUUUGUCUUCCAUUUAUAUCCUCAUGUUGAGCCGAAACUGGUUUUUCAUCCGAAAGAUGAUUCGUUAACUGAUCGAGUUGAUCGGGAAGAUGUAUCAUGGUUACGAUAGCUAGAUGCUAUGUUAAAUAGAACUACUUUUGUUAGUUGUGUAUACUGUUUGUCAAUAUUUUUGAAUUAAAACCCGUUAUGUUCAACUCUCCUUGACCAAUAUUUUAUGUUGAUUGCUCUAUCAGCUCAAUUUAUUUAAAGAGACCAGUCGGGAAAUAUAAAAAAUAAUUAAUGUUUUUAAUAGUA